CUCAAGACCACCACCAUCAGUAAAGUUUAUCAGAAAAUGAAACAACCAGAAAUAGAUCAUCAAGAACCUAUUAAAGGUUUAAAAUUGUAUAAUUCAUUAACUAAAUCAAAAACAGACUUUAUUCCUAGGAUACCCGGCAAGAUUUCAUGGUACAAUUGUGGUCCAACAGUUUACGAUGCAUCACACAUGGGCCACGCAAGGAACUAUGUAGCCCAAGACAUUUUACGAAGAAUCACCCGAGAUUACUUCAAAUAUGAAAUCAAUUUUGUCAUGAAUAUCACAGAUAUAGAUGAUAAGAUUAUCAAACGAGCAAGAGAAGAAGAGUUACUGAACCGGUUUAUGAAAUCUACUAAAACUUCUUUAGAUGGUUUGAAUAAACUCUUGGGAUUACUUAGGGAUGGGUUUCAAUGGUUUUGGAAAACUAAUUUGGAAGGGUUGGUAGGAUUGGAUGGGGAAAAGGUGUUGCAAAUCAUUAGGACAGAUAAAGUUGAGGAGAUCAGAGCGAGCGGGUGGGGAAAGGAAGUUUUGAUGAAAGAUGAACGCGUGGGGAUGUGGUUGGAUAGUUUGGUGGCUUUGAAUCGAUCGAUUGGAGAAGUUGAACAACUUGUUGAGCGUUUGUUGGAUCAUCAAUCGGUUUCGGAAAUCGAAUUGAAUCAAAUCUUGAAAGGUUCAUCUGAUAUUUUAUCUAAAUAUUUAGAUCAUCAAUCAGGUUCAACAAUUACAGAUCAUAAGAUCUUCAAAUCUUUAGCUACGAAAUGGGAACACUCAUUUUUCGAAGACAUGAAAUCUUUAAACGUAGAACCACCAACGGUGUUAACCCGAGUCUCAGACUACAUACCCCAAAUCGAAUCCUUCAUCUCUCAGAUCAUGGAGAACGGAUACGCCUACGAAUCCAAUGGAUCGAUCUAUUUCGAUGUCCUAGCCUUCGACCAUUCAACCCUUAGAUCCGACCCAUCCCUUCACCACACAUAUGCCAAACUUUCACCAUCGUCUAAAACGAAUCUCAAGUUAAUUAAAGAAGGUGAAGGAGGUUUGAGUAGUUUGAUGGAUUCUAAACGGUCUACUGCAGAUUUUGCUCUUUGGAAAAGAUCAAAGGCUGGUGAACCGGAAUGGGAGUCUAGGUGGGGCAAAGGAAGACCUGGUUGGCAUAUUGAGUGCUCGGUUAUGGCUUCGGAGGUCUUGGGAAAUGGAAUGGAUAUUCAUUCGGGUGGGGUCGAUCUUAUGUUUCCUCAUCAUGAUAAUGAAUUGGCUCAAUCUGAAGCUUAUCAUGAUUGUCAUCAAUGGGUUAAUUAUUUCUUACAUACUGGACAUUUACAUAUCGAAGGAUUAAAGAUGUCAAAGUCUUUGAAAAACUUUAUUACUAUUCAAGAUGCUUUAAAACGUCAUUCGGCUAGACAGUUGAGAAUUUCAUUUAUUGGUCAAAGAUGGGAUCUUGGAAUGGAUUUUGCUGAAAGUUCGAUGAGUGAAGUUAAAAAUCAAGAAUCUAGUUUGAUUAAUUUUUUUGCCGUUUUGAAGGCUUUGAAGUAUGAAAGUGAGAAUGAGGAUGGAAGUGUAGUGAAUGAGAAAGUGGAUGAAAAGGAUGAACUUUAUGUUCAUUUGAAAUCAUCUUUAGAAGAAGCAAAAGUUCAAGUCCAUCAAUCGUUUUGUGAUUCAUAUAAUACACCUGAAGCAUUUAGACAUUUGUUAAGUUUGAUUAAUAUUACUAAUAAGGUGAUUUCAAGUCAGGUUUCUUGGAUUCGAUCCGGUAAAGGAAAUUUGAUUGUCGAAGAGAUUGGGCUUUGGAUCACGGAGAUCUUGGGGGUUUUUGGGUUGGUCGAGUCGGAGGGUAGAGAUGGGUUUAAGAAAAGUUUGGUGGGAUGGGAUUUGGUGGAAGAGUCGGAGGAAAGGAUCGUAAAGGUUUUGAUUGAUUGGUCAAAGUUUAGAGAUCAGAUUAGGAAACUUUCUAGGGAUGAAUUGAAGAAGAGUAAAAGUGUUUUGAGUCUUUGUGAUAAGUUGAGAGAUUCGGAGUUGAUUGGAGUUGGGGUUGCAUUAGAUGAUCAAGAUGAUGGAAGAGCUUUGGUGAAGGUUUUACCGAUUAAAAUGUUACAAGAAGUAAGAGAAGAAAAACAAAAAGGAAACCAAAGUAAAAAUAAAAAACCGGGUUUUACUUCGAAUUCUACUUCAAUUCAAUCAACUGAAUCUAAACGAAUUGAAAAGAUUAUGAAAGGUAAGAUCAAAGCUAAUGAGAUGUUUAAGGUUGAAGAAGAACAUCAAGGAAAAUGGAAAGAGUUUGAUGAGAAUGGGAUCCCAUUGAUUGAUUCGGAUGGGAAUGAGAUUAGUAAAGCUAAGAAGAAAAAGUUUUUGAAGGAAUGGGAGAUCAGGAAGAAAGUGGAGAUUGAGUAUGAAGAAUGGAUGAAGAAACAGGAGUUGUGAGGAAGUUUGAGGGUUUGAUUUGAUUGGGAGAUGAUGGGAUUGGUUGAAAGUUUGGAGGUUUCUUAGGUGUGCUUUGUGCUUUGGAUUAGGGGUUUGGUUUGAGAAAAAGAUGAUUUUUGUGUAGAUUUUUUUUGGUUUUUGGAAUUUGAUCAUGAUAUACUUUGCUAUUUUUUGGAUUUGUGCUUUGAGGAAGAGGUUGGAUAUCUUGAGGGUUGGGGAAGAGUUAACAAACUUCAUCUUUAAACUAAUGUACUGGCAUCUUCCUCAUGAGGUUCUCUCAAAUCAAUUCCCUAUUGCAAUUUAAUGUCAAUCAU